AUGGGUUUAUUCACAUCCUUAGGCGUUGCUCUUUCGAAAUAUCACCCUGAGAAGCUCAUGGAGCACAUCAAGAUUUUCUGGUCGCGCAUGAACAUGCCCAAGAUGAUUCGUGCCUGCGAGGAAGCCAACCUGUGGCCCGAGUUGGUCUUCUGCUACUAUCACUACGACGAGUUUGACAAUGCUGCUCUUGCGGUUAUUGAGCGCCCGGAGAAUUCCUGGGAUCAUCAGCAAUUCAAGGAAAUCGUGGUGAAAGUGGCCAAUUUGGAGAUCUACUACCGCGCCAUCAAGUUUUACGUGGAGCAGCACCCCUCGCUACUCACUGACUUGCUUGCUGCUUUGACGGCUCGCAUUGACGUCAACCGUGUCGUCAAGAUCUUCCAGAAGAACGACGACCUACCGCUCAUCAAGUCUUUCCUGUUGAACGUUCAGUCGCAGAACAAGCGGGUGGUCAAUGAGGCUGUCAACGAUCUUCUCAUCGAAGAGGAGGACUACAAGACCCUCCGUGACUCGGUACAGAACUUUGACAAUUACGAUGCCGUAGCUCUUGCUGGUCGCUUGGAGAAGCAUGACCUCAUUUUCUUCCGCCAGAUUGCGGCGAACAUCUAUCGCAAGAACAAGCGCUGGGAGAAGUCGAUCGCUCUUUCGAAGCAGGACAAGUUGUAUAAGGAUGCAAUUGAGACUGCCGCAAUGUCGAGCAAGAACGACGUUGUGGACGACCUGUUGCGCUACUUCGUUGACAUUGGUCACCGCGAGUGCUACACUGGCAUGCUAUACGCUUGCAAUGAGCUUAUCCGCCCGGAUCUUGUUCUGGAGCUGUCCUGGCGCCAUGGGUUGAACGACUUUUCCAUGCCGUACAUGAUCAACAUGCUAGCCCAGCAAACCAAGGAGCUUGCCCUGCUCAAGGCUGACAACGAGGCCCGCAAAAACAAAGAGAAGGAGCAAGAGAAGACCGAGGACAACACCCCCAUCCUGGGUGGUGGUCGCCUCAUGAUCACAGCUGGCCCGGGCGGCGCGCCGUCACCUGCACCCUACGGUCAACAGCCCAACGGAUUUGCACCGCAGCCUACAGGCUACGGCUACUAG